AACAGAAAGGCCGACAGCUUUAUCCGGUUAGACUCAAAAUCAGCCCCAAUUGUGAUCCGGAUGCACAAGGUUCUUGCGAUGGAUUUGCUGUUAUCUUCACUUUCCAUUUCUCAGCCUCAACUACUCUUUUUCUGAUCACUCUCAGUAGGGAAUUGGCGAAGCAGCGGAGGUUUCGCAAUGAGCGCCAAUAUUCCGAAGAAGAAGAAGCAAGUAUGGAUAUGGACAGAGAACAAGCAAGUGAUGACCACCGCCGUCGAGAGAGGCUGGAAUACGUUCGUUUUUCCGAAGAAUCGUCAAGACAUUGCUCAUGAGUGGUCAUCAACUGCAUUGAUAUGGCCUCUAUUUAUUGAAGAGGGAGGGGUUUUUGAUCAUGAACAAAAGAGGGUUGCUGCCUUUGCGGAGAUUUCUUCUCCACAGCAGUUAGAACAUUUCCAGCAAAUGGAUGAGCUAGCUGACAAUGUUAUUGUUAAUCUAUUAGAUUGGCAGGUGAUACCUGCGGAAAAUAUUGUUGCAGCUUUCCAAGGCAGUCAGAAAACAGUAUUUGCUGUGUCAACAUCAACAACAGAAGCUCAAGUGUUCCUUGAGGCCUUGGAGCAUGGUCUGGGUGGUGUUAUUAUGAAAGUUGAGGAUGUUGGAGCCAUCCUUGAGCUGAAGGACUACUUUGACAAAAGACUUGAGGCUGGAAGUUUAUUAAACUUGACUAAAGCCAGAAUAACAAACAUUCAAGUGACUGGAAUGGGUGACCGUGUCUGUGUUGAUCUCUGCAGCCUAAUGAAACCUGGUGAAGGUCUUCUGGUUGGAUCCUUUGCAAGAGGUCUCUUCCUUGUCCACUCAGAAUGCUUGGAGUCAAAUUACAUCUCUAGCAGGCCUUUUCGAGUCAAUGCGGGGCCAGUACACACAUACGUUGCUGUUCCAGGAGGAAAAACUAGCUACCUCUCGGAGUUAAAAACAGGCAAAGAGGUUGUUGUGGUUGAUCAAAGCGGCAUGCAAAGGACAGCAAUUGUUGGACGUGUGAAAAUAGAGACUAGACAAUUGAUUCUCGUGGAGGCAAAGGUAGAAUCAGAAAGCCAUACCUCUUACUCGAUCCUCCUACAGAACGCUGAAACUGUUGCAUUGGUGCCUUCUCCUCGAGGUGAGGGGCGCGAAAGAACAGCAAUUCCUGUGACUUCUCUCAAAGUGGGCGACGAGAUUCUGCUUAGAGUGCAAGGAGGUGCUCGACAUACUGGAAUAGAAAUUGAAGAAUUUAUUCUUGAGAAAUGAUCAAGUUGUUUCAAUUGUACAUCUGCCUGCCAUUUUUGCCUUUUCAAAUGUUUUAACAUACAAACUCUUUAUGAGAUUGAAGUAUAUCAAAUGAAGAUUAAAAACA